GGGCCGUCCCCGCGCGGCGCUGCGGCUCCCGUCAUAUGAGCAGAAACGAUGAGAAAAGCGCUUUUUAAUCUUUUCGCACUUGCCUACUUCUUCAAACAGUUGCAGGAUGGCUAUGACUGACGUGCUCAGCGCUGAGGAUAUCAAGAAGGCUGUGGGAGCCUUUUCAGCGGCUGAGUCUUUUAACUACAAGAAGUUCUUCGAGAUGGUAGGAUUGAAAAAGAAGAGCCCAGAAGAUGUGAAGAAGGUUUUCCGUAUUCUUGAUAAAGACCAAAGCGGCUUCAUCGAAGAGGAAGAAUUAAAGUUUGUACUGAAGGGCUUUACCCCAGAUGGGAGAGACCUGUCAGACAAAGAAACGAAGGCUCUUCUGGCUGCUGGAGAUAAAGACGGUGACGGUAAAAUUGGCGCCGACGAAUUUGCAACUAUGGUGGCUGAAUCAUAAAGGCUUUGACCAAUGC